AUGGAGCUCAAGUUGGUGAUAUUGUCGCUAGCAUGCUUGUCGUGCCUCGUCCCGCCCGCCCAUGGCUCGGCGUUGCUCGCUAAGGCGGCGGCGGUGAAGGGCGUCGGCCUGUUGGGCGCCGGAGCACUGGCUGCUAAGGGACUCGCCGUUAAAGCUUCAGGAGCCGUAGCGCUGGGUGCCAAGGCCGUCGCUUCGAAGGUGCUGGCAGCCAAGGCUGGUGUGGGCGCCGCUGUAGUCGCUGCCACUCCUGUUAAGGUUCCAGAAAGCACGGUAGUCGUAAGCCCGCCCAGUCUCUCAGCAAUCAAAGGUAGAGUGUUAGGUCUCCUCGGCACCGUCCACGCUGCUGCUGUGAACAAAAGCGCCGCUGUCGGCCAGCUUCUGCUGUCACUGCUGCCCACGAAGACCGUCGUCCAGCCCCCUAAAGUUGUCGAGGUCCCCACAAUUGUCGAAGUCCCGACUAUCGUGGAAGUCCCGAAAGUCGUGGAGGUCGAAAAAGUAGUUGAGGUCCCCACAGUCGUGGAGGUCCCUAAAUACGUCGAGGUCCCGAAAUACGUGGAAGUCCCUAAAUACGUGGUGCCACCACGUCCUAAAGUAGUCCCUUGCCCUCCCUCUGUAGCGGUUAUAGGGCCCACCAUGGAAGUAGUUUAUAACUGAGAUUCAAAAGCGUUAGGUUCUUUUAAAGUUGGUGUUAGGCCGCUCUAGUCAUUCAGAACCAAAAUGAUGUAAUGUACUAAAAAAAGUGUAAUUUAAAUGUAAUAUUUAUUAACUUAUUA